AUGGAGAACCGCUGGAUCAAUCUCUUGUAUCCUGAGGUGAAGCAGAUCAUGGAGGAGGCCGUCACACGGAAGUUUGUCCACGAAGACAGCAGCCACAUCAUCUCCUUCUGUGCGGCUGUGGAGGCCUGCGUCCUGCAUGGGCUGCGGCGGAGGGCAGCUGGCUUCCUGCGCAGCAACAAGAUCGCAGCUCUCUUCAUGAAGGUGGGCAAGAGCUUCCCGCCGGCCGAGGAGCUGAGCCGCAAGGUCCAGGACCUGGAGCAGCUGAUCGAGGGCGCGCGAAACCAGAUCCAGGGCCUCCAAGAGAAUGUGCGGAAGCUGCCAAAGCUGCCUAACCUGUCCCCACUCGCCAUCAAACACCUGUGGAUUCGCACGGCGUUGUUCGAGAAGGUCCUGGACAAAAUUGUACAUUACCUUGUGGAAAACAGUAGUAAAUACUAUGAGAAGGAAGCUCUCCUGAUGGAUCCUGUGGAUGGCCCCAUCCUUGCAUCUUUGUUAGUGGGGCCCUGUGCUCUAGAGUACACCAAGAUGAAGACUGCAGAUCACUUCUGGACUGACCCUUCGGCAGAUGAGCUUGUCCAGAGGCACCGCAUCCACAGCUCACACCUACGGCAGGACUCGCCCACCAAGCGUCCAGCCCUCUGUAUCCAGAAGAGGCAUUCGAGCGGAAGCAUGGAUGACCGGCCAUCCCUCUCCGCCCGUGACUACGUAGAGUCCCUGCACCAGAACUCCCGGGCUACCCUGCUCUAUGGCAAGAACAACGUUCUCGUUCAGCCGAGGGAUGACAUGGAGGCUGUGCCAGGGUACCUCUCCCUUCACCAAACAGCUGACGUCAUGACCUUGAAGUGGACACCCAACCAGCUGAUGAAUGGGUCUAUGGGAGACCUGGACUAUGAGAAGAGCGUCUACUGGGACUAUGCCAUGACCAUCCGCCUGGAGGAGAUUGUCUACCUGCACUGCCACCAGCAAGUGGACAGCGGUGGGACGGUGGUGUUGGUCAGCCAGGACGGGAUCCAGAGGCCACCCUUCCACUUCCCUAAAGGAGGGCACCUCCUGCAGUUCCUCUCGUGCUUGGAGAAUGGGCUGCUCCCUCAUGGGCAGCUGGACCCACCACUCUGGUCUCAGAGGGGGAAGGGCAAAGUAUUUCCCAAACUACGCAAGCGAAGCCCUCAGGGUUCCGCCGAGUCCACGUCUUCAGACAAGGAAGAUGACGAGGCCACAGAUUACGUGUUCAGGAUCAUCUACCCUGGCAUGCAGUCCGAAUUCGUUGUUCCCGACCCCUUGGGCAACACGUUCCCUGUCUCCGUGGGCUCUCCCUGGAUGGUGGUUCCUGCAGGCCGGUCCAUGUUGGUGGUGGCCAGGGACAGCCGGUGGGCACAAACCAGAUGGGAUGCCACCCUCCCCACGCCAGGCCUGAAGCAGCAGCCCCCCAUCCCCCAGGACCUAAUGGAUGUCUCUGUGAGCAACCUGCCAUCCCUAUGGCAACCCAGCCCCCGAAAAUCCUCCUGCCCAUCCUGUUCACAGAGUGGCUCAGCUGAUGGUGGCUCAACCAAUGGCUGCAACCAUGAGAGGGCCCCCCUGAAGCUUCUCUGUGACAAUAUGAAGUACCAGAUCCUUUCCAGAGCCUUCUAUGGAUGGCUUGCCUACUGCAGACACCUGUCCACUGUGAGGACCCACCUAUCAGCCCUAGUCAAUCACAUGAUUGUGUCUCCGGACUUGCCCUGCGAUGCUGGACAUGGGCUGACAGCUGAGAUCUGGGAGCAGUACCUUCAGGACAGCACAAGUUACGAGGAACAGGAGCUGCUGCGCCUCAUCUACUAUGGGGGCAUUCAGCCGGAGAUUCGCAAGGCCGUGUGGCCCUUCCUCCUAGGCCACUACCAGUUCGGGAUGACGGAAACAGAAAGGAAGGAGGUGGACGAGCAGAUUCAUGCCUGCUAUGCACAGACCAUGGCUGAAUGGCUGGGCUGUGAGGCAAUCGUGCGGCAGAGGGAGCGCGAGUCUCAUGCGGCCGCCCUGGCCAAAUGCUCAUCAGGGGCCAGCCUGGACAGCCACCUGCACCGGAUGAUGCACCGAGACUCCACCGUCAGCAACGAGUCCUCCCAGAGCUGCAGUUCCGGCCGGCAGAACAUCCGACUGCAGAGCGACUCCAGCAGCAGCACACAGGUGUUUGAGUCCGUGGACGAGGUGGAACAGGUGGAGGCAGAAGGCAGGUUGGAGGAGAAACAGCCCAAGAUCCCCAAUGGGAACCUGGUGAAUGGCACCUGUUCCCCAGACUCCGGCCAUCCUUCCUCCCACAACUUCUCCUCAGGCCUCUCGGAGCACUCGGAGCCCAGCCUGAGUACGGAAGACAGUGUUAUGGACGCCCAACGGAACGCUUCCCUGGUGCUUCGACCGGGGGACAGCAGCGUGGAUGAUGGGCAGAGCAGCGAGGCUACCACUUCCCGGGAUGAGGCCCCCCGUGAGGAGCUGGCCGUGCAGGACAGCCUGGAGAGUGACUUUCUCGCCAAUGAGAGCAUGGAUGAGUUCAUGUCUAUUACUGGCAGCAUGGACGUGGCUCUGCCUGAAAAAGACAGCACCGCAAUGGAGAGCUGGGUGGGCAGCGAGGUGGCGAAGCGUAGCCGGGCAGAUAGUGAAGACAACCUCUCAGAGGAGCCCGAAAUGGAAAGUCUCUUCCCCGCCUUGGCUUCUCUGGCCGUGAGCACUUCUGCCAACAACGAGGCAUCCCCUGUGUCUUCCAGCGGUGUCACCUACUCCCCGGAGUUGCUGGACCUGUACACAGUGAACCUGCACCGCAUCGAGAAGGACGUACAGAGGUGCGACCGCAACUACUGGUACUUCACACCUGCCAACCUGGAGAAGCUGCGCAACAUCAUGUGCAGCUACAUCUGGCAGCACAUUGAGAUCGGCUAUGUCCAAGGCAUGUGCGACCUCCUGGCUCCUUUGCUGGUCAUUCUGGAUGAUGAGGCCCUCGCCUUCAGCUGCUUCACAGAGCUCAUGAAGAGGAUGAACCAGAACUUCCCUCACGGAGGUGCCAUGGACACGCACUUUGCCAACAUGAGGUCACUAAUCCAGAUCCUGGACUCAGAGCUCUUUGAGCUGAUGCAUCAGAAUGGGGACUACACCCACUUCUACUUCUGCUACCGCUGGUUUCUGCUGGAUUUCAAGCGAGAACUCGUCUACGAUGAUGUCUUCUCUGUCUGGGAGACCAUCUGGGCAGCCAAACAUGUCUCAUCUGCCCACUACGUCCUGUUCAUUGCACUGGCUCUGGUGGAGGUCUACCGGGACAUCAUCUUAGAGAACAACAUGGAUUUCACAGACAUCAUCAAAUUCUUUAAUGAAAUGGCCGAGCGACACAACACCAAGCAGGUCCUGAAGCUGGCCCGCGGCCUCGUGUACAAGGUGCAGACUCUGAUCGAGAACAAGUGACGGCCGCUUUACUCAGGCGGUGUCAGUGGAGCUGCCACCUGCCUGUU